UCAUUUAUUUCCAAUAUGUAGGUAGUGUUUGAGGAAUUAAGAUACAUCAAAACAACUUCUUAUCAUUAUCUGUUUCCAAACUAAAUAUUUGUAGUUGGAGAAUUUGAUAAUUAAAAAAACAAUUCUGAAAUGCCUACUUUAUAGUGAUAGCUUAAUCCAUUCAAAAAUUUCAAUAGGGUGACAACUGUGUGUAUCUAACAAUAUUCUGUUUUGUGUCCAAUCAAUUGAUCUAAAAUGGCACAACACGUUUUGAAAUAUACGAAACAUGGAAUUUAUCAUAUAGAUUUAAUUAGUACGAUUUAUGAAAACUUGUUCAAAACAUUGAAAAUCCCUAAGAAAAAACCUUUUAGUGUAAUGGAUAUUGGUUGUGGAAGCGGUAGAGUAUUAUUUGAUGUUUUAUAUCCGUUAUUACCCAAUAACUGCGAGGAAAUUAUAGCUACAGAUAUAGAUGAAUCUAUGAUAAAUUAUUGCAAAGAAAUUAACACCGUUUCCAAGAUAUCGUUCCUAACAAUGAAUAUUGAGGGUGAUAAAAUUCCUGAAACUUUGGAAGCAAGGUUUAACAUGAUAUUCUCAUCAUAUUGCUUUAUGUAUGUGAGUAAUUUGAGACAGGCCUUAUUUAACUGCAAAAAAAUGAUGAAAGAAAACGGAGACCUUCAUUUGGUAUUCAUAUCGAAAAUAAAUCCACUUCACAGCGUAUAUGCAGAAUUGGACAGAAUUGAUGCUUGGAAACCAUAUACUAAAAAUUUUGGAAAUUAUGUCCCACAUUUCUCCAGUCCUGAUCCAGAUUCUGAGUUGAAUUCACUGGUUAAGGCGGUCGACCUCAAACUGGUGAGCAGGGAGUUUUUAGACAAUAACGAAUUUGAAUCAGAAAAACUGAAUUUCUUAGAAGUUUUCACAUCUAUGGACCGCAUCUCCAGAACUGUACCCAUGGAAAAACGUGAGAAGUACCAGAGAGAUUUCAAACUAAUUUUAAGUGAGGUGCUGGGAUUGAAUAUGAAGGAUAAAAGCAACUUGGAGAAAACAGAUAGGAUGAAAAUGAAUAUCCCAGCUGUGGUCUUACACAUGAGGAAGUGCUGAGUACAACAGCCGUAAUUUCUUUAUUUCGAAAAUAAACAUUAUAAUAUCGUUAAAAUAACAUCUAAUAAAAUACGUAAUCUGAGAAAUAUUUUAUGAAUAAUAAAAAAUUUGAUU